AUGGUGAAAAUCGCCUUCAACACACCCACAGCGUUGCAAAAAGAGGAGGCACAGCAAGACGUGGAGGCCCUAGUAAGCCAUACUGUCCGAGCUCAGAUCCUGACCGGCAAGGAACUCCGAAUUGCCGCCAAGGAAAAAGAGGGCUCCUCUGGGAGAUGUAUGCUUACUCUCUUAGGCCUUUCAUUCAUCUUGGCAGGACUUAUUGUUGGUGGAGCCUGCAUUUACAAGUACUUCAUGCCCAAGAGUACCAUCUACCGUGGAGAGAUGUGCUUCUUUGAUUCUGAGGACCCUGCAAAUUCCCUCCAAGGAGGAGAGCCCUACUUCCUGCCUGUGACGGAAGAGGCUGACAUUCGUGAGGAUGACAACAUCGCAAUUAUUGAUGUGCCUGUCCCCAGUUUCUCUCAUAGUGACCCUGCAGCAAUUAUUCAUGACUUUGAAAAGGGCAUGACUGCUUACCUGGAUUUGCUGCUGGGGAACUGCUAUCUGAUGCCCCUCAAUACCUCCAUUGUUAUGCCUCCAAAGAAUCUAGUGGAGCUCUUUGGAAAACUGGCAAGUGGCAAAUACCUGCCUCACACUUACGUGGUUCGUGAAGACCUGGUUGCUGUGGAGGAGAUUCGUGAUGUUAGUAACCUUGGUAUAUUUAUUUAUCAACUUUGCAACAACCGCAAGUCCUUCCGCCUUCGCAGAAGAGACCUCUUGCUGGGUUUCAACAAACGUGCCAUUGAUAAGUGCUGGAAGAUUAGACACUUUCCCAACGAAUUUAUUGUUGAGACCAAGAUCUGUCAAGAGUAA